CAGGACCAGGACCAGCACCAGAGCUGAAGAGAACAUCUAGUCUGCACCAUGAAGUUCGCAGUGUUUGUUUUUCUUGCAUGUCUGCUCUGUGUAGCCGUAACAGGUCAGCGGGAGUCUAAGGGCCGGUGUCGGUGCCAGGGUAAAGGAGUGAGAUUUGUUCCCCAACAAAAGAUCCAGACGUUGACCAUGUACACACCAGACCAGUCGUGUUCAAACAUAGAGAUCAUUGUCACUAUGAAGGGCAAUGGUGGGAAAAAGUGCAUCGAUCCAGAGUCUGAUAUUGCCAAGAAGUUCAUGGAAAAAGCUCAGGAAAAAAUGAGAGCAAAAAAGGCGGAUCCUACUGUCAUUCCAGAGUUGACUACCAUAUAACAUUACAUCAACGUUUUUCAAUGUUACAUCAAACAACACACUUUUUUAAUCAGAAUAAGAGGACAGCAUUUCAUCUCAUGCAUAUGCUUAAGGUGUAAAUACCAGUAGAAACUAGUCAGUUCAGGACAUGGAUUUUGUUCAGCUGCUAUACAAUUCCUUCUAAUUUAAAUCUUUACCACAAAUCACAUAAUUUGGUACUUACAAUAGAAAAUGCACAGAGAAUGUCUACCCAAAGGAAUGCACUGUAUCAUACUGUAUUAAAUAU